AUGUUGUUCGCGAGGAAGAUUUGUGCAAUUGGAAGAGAGAAGGAGAGCGGCAGAGAGGUGGGAGGUGAGGGAAGUCUGCCUGGCGUGAAGGCGAGGAUAGCGAUACCUUACCUCCCAGUGCCUCCCCACGCCCACGGCAACGACCAGUCCACCUACGGGGCAGCUGCGAAGCUUGGGCCUGCACCAGCCCUGCACUUUACCUCUUUUCGUUUCUUCAGUGGAAAACUUAUGUUUCCAUCUCCGCCCGAGGUACCUUUCUACCUAAAGCACUGGACCUUACACAGUUCCGGUCACCUAAGUACUCCCAAAGGCACUAAGAGAAGAGGUGUCGAUGUUGCUGCUGCACAGCACCCCUCUUUUCCACCUGCGCUCACCUGGCGCGUUGAACCCUGUCAGUGCACCACCGAUGCGCGUCAUCGGUGGCUCGUCCACACCGACAGCUCACCUUUCCGCAACCUCCUCUUCACCUUGCCUUCCCGGCCGGCUACUUACACCUCCUCUUCAUCUGCAUCAGCCGAAGCGCGUAUGAAAUUGCAGUGGCGCAUGGAAUCGGCCUUUCUUUAUCCACUCGGCAGCCCCUUCUUUCCAAGUAAUGUACUGGUACAAAGCCACUCCUCACCCCCACCUGCCCUACAGUACCUUUAUACAGUAUCGCCUUACUUCGGAGAAUAA